AUGCCAUGGCUGAAACACAAAGACAUUCAGCGCUUCAGCAGUUUGGCAUUCCAGCCCCAUGACGUACGGGCCUUUCAACAUGCCUUCAGCACCAAUGACUGCUCCAGGAAUGUGUACAUCAAGAAGAAUGGAUUCACGUUGCACCGGAACCCUAUUGCUCAGAGCACAGAUGGGGCAAGGACGAAGAUUGGUUUCAGCGAGGGUCGUCAUGCCUGGGAAGUUUGGUGGGAGGGCCCUCUUGGCACGGUCGCUGUAAUUGGAAUUGCCACAAAACGGGCUCCCAUGCAGUGCCAAGGCUAUGUAGCGCUUCUGGGCAGCGAUGACCAGAGUUGGGGAUGGAAUCUGGUGGACAAUAAUUUGCUACAUAAUGGAGAAGUAAAUGGGAGCUUCCCACAGUGCAAUAAUGCACCAAAAUAUCAGAUAGGUGAGAGAAUUCGAGUCAUCUUGGACAUGGAAGACAAGACAUUAGCAUUUGAGCGGGGUUAUGAGUUCUUGGGAGUUGCUUUCAGAGGAUUGCCAAAGGCCUGCCUAUAUCCAGCAGUGUCUGCUGUGUAUGGCAACACAGAGGUGACUUUGGUCUAUUUGGGAAAACCUCUGGAUGGAUGACAUUGUUUCAUUGGGACAUCAAGAUGUGGAAGAUCUGGAGAAGCAAUCUGCAUGUUAACUAGAGGGAAACAUGAACUUGAAAUGAAGUGUGCGUGUGUAUUCAUGAAACAUCCUGGAAAACAAAGAAUUGUGAUUUGGAGAACCAGCCAUACUGCAGAAAUUGUUACAUUUCCUUUUUCUAUCAAGCCAGAAAUAUCCUCAGGGUUGGAGUUGGUUGAGUGGGCAGUUCACACAUGCAUGUUGCAACAGUUUUCAUUGCUGAAAUGGCUGUAUGAGAUUUCAGUUACUAAGGAAAGGUUUUAUAGACGUGCUUGAGGAAAUUAACCUGAAAUUUGUUGGUAGCGUUUUUUGUGAAAGACUCCCAUUUUAAAACUGUGUUCCUUCCUGCCUGCCUGUCUUCCUUCCUGGUUGGCCAGUGUGGCUACCGGAGGAGAAGGAUUGGCUGAGUUUUAUUUAUAUUUUUUAACAUACUGAGAAGCAUGGUCUGCCUGGACUGCACUUCUCAUAUACAAUGAGAUAUAAAAUGUGUGCAGCUAUUUUUAAAUGUAUUUUAAAGCUUGUAUAUAUAGAACAUGUAAAAAACAUCCUGUUAAAUAAGGUUGAAUUUGUUCUAAACUGGGAUAUAAUUUCUUAAAGGAGAAACCACUACGUGGAAUUAGAACAUCCUCUGUUGGGAGAUAGCAUACUUGCAAGUGUUGUAAAGUGUCUUGAGGUGCUUUUGUGGAAGAAGAUGGGUUCAUAGGUUCAUUUGGAUGUGAUACAAAGUUUCCCUGGUUAGAGCAAUUGUUUUUCUGUGAUAAAAAGAAGCCCCCCCAUGAGUUAUAUUUUGCCAUAAAUUCUGAUUCCAUAUUGACAAAGGAAUGCAAACCCAUUUGCAUCUUCUUGACACAGAAAAACCAAUUAAUCUCUAACAAAUCAUAAAAUGUAUAAUAUUGUAAAAUGAGUCUUUCAAAGUCAUAUGAAAAACAGGGUUGAAAGUCAUGGCUCUAGAUUUUAUUUUUCCGUUAAAAUGUUUUAAGGAUUUAAGGUUUCCUUUGGUUUGGCUUGGGUUUGGGUUUGUUUUGUUUUUUAAUAAUGGCCCAGAUAUCCAGAUGCAUGAUCUGUCCACCUACAGCCAAGAAUAGUACAAUUCUCACCUGCCUCUGACAGGAAUUCUGGAUCAGGUCUAGUGUGCGGGGUUUUCACCCUUUUCAUUUUUCUAAAAACUACUAUUCACAAACUUGUCAGAAUUACAGUACUCAUGGAAUCUGAGAAGGCUGUGAGACCAAUUACUUGUGUCCCAUGAAGAACAUGUCGGUGCUGUGCCAGCAGCUUUCCACGAAGGCUGAAAGCUAAGCAAUGAUCUAAAAAACUGCCAGCCUAUAUGAUGAAAAAUGCCAAGUUAGUCUUCAACCUGGCAGUAAUGUCUUAAUCUCUAAGCCUUGAGGCCCUCCUUUGGUGCUGAAAUUUUAUUUCUUAUUUUUUUGUUUCUCCAAGGUACACAGAGCUAUCCUAA